ACUAGAGAUUCGUGAUGACAAAUAUACGACUACAUUAGAAGACAAAGACAAGCUACUUCGGGUAUUUCCAUCCAGUCGGCCAGGAGGAAGAAAGGAAGUAAUUGCAUUGAGAAAUGCGAUGGAAGAUAUGUUGGAGAAGGCUGGAGUAGACAAUGCUGCUACCGAUUCGAAGUGUCCAACUCAAAUGCACCGUCUAUGUGAACUAGUGAAACAAGAACAAACUGUUUACAAUUUGGUGUUUCAUGAGCUAAUUAGACAGAUUUCAGUCCAGUGCACUGAGCGGGGUCAUUUGCUUGCAUUGCUGAGGCAAAAGUAUGUUGGGCUGCUUGACCGUAUUCCUAAAGAAGUGAAGGGCUUGCACGAUGAAGUCUUGGCUCAGCGAAGUCUUGAUCGUCGCCUCAUGUCUGAGUUAAAUCGAUUUCAAUCUGCUAUUUCUAAUCUAACGGAUGAAUUGAAUGAUGUGAGGCAACAUGACACCGAAGUUACGAAACAAGCAAGUGAAGCAAAGUACAAUCUUGAAACAGCAUUGUUGGAGUCUGAGAAGAAUGCAAGUCUUGUUGCUGAAUAUCAUGAUUUGUACGAAAUGCAACGACAUCGACUUGAAAAUCAACUCAGUCAAUUGACAAAGGAGAAAGAGUUGUGGCAAAAAGCUGCUCGCAGUUUGGCAAUGAAAGUGGCACAUCAUCGAAGUUUGAAAACAUCACAGAGACUGCAACUGAGUGAAAAGGUGUGGUCUAAGCUUGCAGCUCACUUUGUUGUCAUUUUAAGUGAUCGUGACUCUCAACAGCUGACAGAGCUACAAAACUAUGUACAGAUGUCAGUGGACUUGCUGUUGACUGUAACAAAGACUUUGGUGAAACAAGACUCAGACAUGAAAUUAAAGAGUGGAUUUUGUCAUUGAAUCAUGAAGAAGCACUAAAGUGCUAACCUCUCAGCUGCUGUCUUAGGUUAUGGAACAGCUGCUGCACAUGUCCUGGCACCUGCACAUGUA